AUGGCUUCCACUGUUCACGUUGAGAACAUCAGCACCAAGACGUCCGAAGACGAGAUCAAGUCCUUCUUCAGCUUCUGCGGAAAGAUCCAGGACAUCUCCGUCAAGUCUACUGGCAAUGACACACAGUCUGCGUCCGUCACCUUUGAGAAGGCAGCUGCCGCUAAGACUGCACUUCUCCUCGACAGCACACAGCUAGGCCCCAACUCUGUCCACGUCAAGUCUGCACAAUCUGGUGGCGAGUUUGCGACUGAGAAGGCCACCGACGACACCCACGAGGGUGACCAUAUUUCCCAGGAGCAGAAGCCUCGCGCUCGUAUCGUUGCCGAGUACCUCGCUCAUGGCUACGCCAUUUCUGAUAAGGCCAUCGAGAGCGCUCUUACCGCCGAUAAGCAGCACGGUUAUAGCGCCAAGUUCCUCCAGACCCUUCAGAACCUUGACUCCAAGACCCAGGCAUCGCAGAAGGCGCAGGUUGUUGACCAGAAGCUCGGUCUCACUAACAAGGCGAUGGGUGCUUGGGCCGGCCUCACCAGUUACUUCGACAAGGCUCAGGGUACUCCUACCGGCCAGAAGCUGAGGGCUUUCUACGACCAGGGCAACAAGACCGUCAUGGAUGUUCACAAUGAGGCCCGCCACCUGGCUGACCUCAAGAAGGGUCAGAGCGGCAGCGGCAACAAGCCUACUAUGGAGGAGGCUGAUGUCCACGGUGUCGGCGAUGGCAAGACUCAGUGCAACUGCGGUUCCCAGGCCGGCAAGUGCCCAUGUCCUGAGGGCCAAUGUGCUUGCUCCGGUUGCGCAAAGGCCGAGGGCGGUGGCAAGCCCAGCAUAGAGGAGGCCAACGUCCACGACGUCGGUAACGGCAAGACGCAGUGCAACUGUGGCUCCGUCUCUGGAAAGUGUCCCUGCGCCGAGGGCAAGUGCGCUUGCUCAGGUUGCCCGAAGGACACUUCCAAGAACGAGAAGGGUGACGCCAGCUACGCUGCUGUUGUUGACCCCAAGCAGUAG